GACGCUGACGUGUGAGUGAGUGUCAGUGAGCGACUGAGUAACCUGUUUUGUGGUGUUUGUAAUUUUUCUUUCACCGACAGAACUCAAGUCAGACAACAAAAUUGCAUUUUACAACUUAAUUAUUGUUUGUUUAGUGUUUGAAAAAUAAUUAAAAUGAGAAUAACAAACGUCAGACGUGGCCGUAUAAUUCGUAUCGCUGCGGCGUGUGCUGUUAUAUUACUUUUAUUGUAUGCUGUAAAUAGAUGGACUAGUGAGAAAGAAGAACUCAAACCCAUUUUGUCUGAAUAUGUUUCCUCCUCAUACAAAUCUCAUCCGGGUGUUUAUCCGCAGUUAAAAACAGAUCUUGGUAACUUUGAACCAAAGAAUGUAGUGGUGGGGAAGGGCCCAGGGCAGGGUGGCAAGCCGUAUCACAUGUCGGGCCGUGAUAACGACAUAUCUGAAUCUGAAAGUAUAUAUGGCAUGAACAUUGCCGCUUCUGAUGACAUUGCUAUGAACAGAACAAUCCCGGACACUCGCCUGGACGAGUGUAAGUACUGGCACUACCCGACGGAGCUGCCGACCACGUCCGUCAUCAUCGUGUUCCACAACGAAGGCUUCUCCGUGUUGAUGCGCACCGUGCACACAGUCAUCGACCGCUCGCCGCCCAACAUACUGCAUGAAGUUGUAUUGGUGGAUGACUAUUCUGACAAAGAGAACUUGGGUCGCAACCUCGACAACUAUAUCAAACGUUGGAAAGGGAAAGUGAGACUGAUUAGGAACGCCCAACGCGAGGGUCUGAUCCGCACUAGGUCACGCGGGGCGCAAGAAGCAACCGGUGACGUCAUCGUCUUCCUCGACGCCCACUGCGAAGUCAACGUCAACUGGCUCCCCCCACUCCUCGCCCCCAUUUACAGGGACUACAGAAUCAUGACGGUGCCAGUCAUUGACGGCAUAGACCAUAAGACGUUUGAAUACAGACCUGUGUACCAACACGGCACGAAUUACAGAGGAAUUUUUGAAUGGGGAAUGCUGUAUAAAGAAAACGAAGUUCCUGAAAGAGAAAGCAGUUUGCAUAAAUACAAAUCGGAGCCGUACAAAAGUCCGACGCAUGCCGGUGGCUUGUUCGCGAUAAAUAGACAGUAUUUCCUUGAAAUUGGCGCGUACGAUCCCGGUUUGCUAGUGUGGGGCGGGGAGAACUUCGAAUUGAGUUUCAAAAUAUGGCAAUGCGGCGGAAGUAUUGAAUGGGUGCCUUGUUCUAGAGUCGGGCAUGUGUAUAGAGCAUUCAUGCCCUACUCCUUCGGCGACUUAGCAAAGAACCGGAAAGGUUCUUUGAUCACGAUCAACUACAAGAGAGUUAUUGAGACGUGGUUCGAUGAGGAACAUAAGGAAUAUUUCUAUACUCGAGAGCCGACGGCUAGGUUCUUAGAUAUGGGGGAUAUAACCGCUCAGUUGGCACUGAAGAACAAAUUGCAGUGUAAGGAUUUUUCGUGGUACAUGGAGAACGUGGCGUACGAUGUUUAUGACAAGUUCCCCAAAUUGCCGAAGAACAUUUAUUGGGGAAUGGUGAAGAAUCAAGCCACCGGGCUUUGUCUGGACACUAUGGGGAAGGCCGCGCCGGCGUAUAUAGGUACGUCAGCGUGCCACGGCGCGGGCCACAGCCAGCUGUUCCGGCUGAGCGAGGCCGGGCAGCUGGGCGCGGGCGAGCGCUGCGUGGAGGGCGACGUGGACGCGCUCAAGCAGGCCAUCUGCAGGCUCGGCACUGUCGACGGGCCGUGGAGAUACGAGAAGACGAAUUCUCAACUGGUUCAUCGUUUGCACGGCUACUGCCUCACUCUGCAGGCCCACACGAGGACCCUGGGCCUGGCCCCGUGCGACCCCAACAACACCUACCAGAAAUGGACCAUCACACACAAUUCGUCGAAAUGGUCAAAAUGAGCUUCCUUUUUUAAAUGAGGGUUUUCAAAAGAAACACCAGAUGUCAGCACCUGUGCUGUGAUGCCAUUGGUUGCUAGGUUUGACACUUUCGAUCAUUGUCAAAUGAAUGACAGUUUUACUUUCUGACAAUUACCUGUAAAUAUAAUUUUAUUAGCGCAAUCUUGGGGAUCUUGAAAACUCUCAUUGAAUUCCAAUGACCACAUUCGAUUUUUUGUUUCGUAUGUCACAAUUUAAUUUACGUUAAACUACAUUUUAGAAUACGAGUAUUUUGGAUUGCCUUGUUGAUUAAGUGGACUUGCACCCUAACGCUCACUCGAGCGUUAGGGUGCUAUGAGCUUUAAUAUGCCUCUUUUAUUUUUCUGAAAGAUAUCACUUAAUAACAAAAAGAUAGUAAAAAUCGAUUUUUUUUUUCAAUGAAGCGUGAUGACUUUUUUUUUUAUUUACGAUCAAGUUUAUCUUUCAGAAAAACAAACGUUUAUCUCAUAUCUUAACUAAAUAUAAAAUAAUAUGCGACAAAAACUGACGCUUUCCUUAUGCGGAAGCGAUUUUCACACAUUUGGACACGUAUAUAAAUGUUCAAAAUCAGCUAGUUCUAGUAUGAGACAUAAGUUCUGCCAUACAAUUUACAGUUCACUGCCGCAUGCGAAUGCGACGGCGUACUAAACUAUAUAUAUACUUUAGGUAUAUAUUAAAAAUUGGCAGUUGGGUGUUUCUCCGAGCGUGUCGACCGCUGCAUCUGCCCUGUCAUUACCAUUUUUAAAAUUUUAACAAAGACAACAAAUAGUUUUACUAUCUGACUUUGAAAUCAUUAAUAUGUGCUGUGGUAAUGUCAAUUUCAUGAUUUUGGAAAUGAUUCCUUCCUUAAGAAAAUUGACAGAUGGUAAUGAUCCAGUUAUAAAAAAAAUCCGUGGCCGCACUUUUAAUAAAGAUAAUUUAUUCCAUACAUUCCCACUGAGUUCACAAAUUUCUUUUCGAUAUGUACGUAUGUCUUAAGAGAUUAAAUUUUGUUGUAAUAAUAACAAAUUAUUUUUACAUGUAUGUUUUUUUUAAAUUUUUUCCUUUCAUAAUUCGUUCUUUCUGAACUGAAAAGCCGACUGGCCAAUUUAGACAUUUUGUUAUGUUAAUCAUUAUUUGCCUUAGACAUUUAAUGAUAGCCAGGUACUAAGUAAUGAAUAUUGUACAUUUGUAAAAAGAAUGAUAUAUUGAUAGCAUCAUUGGCUAUUUUUGUACUUAUUAUAGUAUGUACACAUUCCUCUUUAUUGAGAAAUUAGUUAUCUCAGAAUAGUGUAUAGGCAAAAUUUUGCAACGCGAUAAUAUUAUUUAUUAAUAUAGUGAAACAAACAGAAUCUUAAAAUGAAACUAAAGAAACAUUUGCCCCGGGGAAGCUUUCCUUUAUUUGAAUGGUCGUGUAAAAACUCAUUUUAUAAUUUCUCAAGCAUCCAUCACUACGAAGACCGAGUGUGUCAUGAGGCAUAGUCCACCCUUAUAUCAAUCCAUAAACAUUGCUAAUGCCCCAGAAGCAAGGGAUUCAAUCGUAUUACAAUGCACAAAAGAAGACACCUGACGUGUCUAUGGUUUGCCUGCACAGUAGAUUUAUUUAUUGGCAUUUUUUCUAUCGUGUCAUCUUUUACUUCACGAUGAUGAUUUAAAAGAAUACAAAAAAAACCUAUAGACUUCAUUUCAUGUUUAAAAUCGUUUUGGAAAAUAGCAAAUCAAUUUAAGUUAUUACUUCAGUACCUACCUACCUAAUUUUUACAAAAGCUUAUAUUUUUAAAUUAAAGUUGACUAUAUAUAAUAUAGUUUAUCCUGGGCUAAUUUAACAACUUUUUUUACCUUUGGGAUUAAUUUAAAACUAUACAACGAAAACUUCUAAUUUUAACCUUCUAGAUUAAUUUUUACCUACUAUGAUAUUGUUUAGUGAUCUAUACUUUUACCCCGUUAUUUAUAUAAAAAAAGUUUAAGUUGUAUGUAUUUUAUAAUACACUAGCAGCUGUUUAAACUGAUGCGUGUGUCUUGAAGUUUGGAGAUUUCACUCUUUGUAAUAAAGAGACCAAGAAUAACAGGCUAAAUGUAUUCAUUUACUCAGACCAGAUUUAAAAUGCUCACUUGCCAGACUUAAUUAUUGCAUUUAAACUUUUAUGAAAUUAUACAUAAGUAUUUUUUUUUUAUUCCACGGUGCCUAUAUGAAAUUACAUCCAUGUAUCCAUUGCUUUAUAGAGGUGUUGCAAAAAUAUGUACCUAAUAUAAAAUAAUAUGUAUAAAAUGUGAGACGAAUAAAUUGCCAUAUUGUCGAGUAUGUUUAUGUUUGACGACAACUUUUUGUUACACCCCUACACUUAUUGUAGAAACUGCUAAAUUUAAUGAUUUAUUUAUAUUAUUACACGUGUGUCUGCAUAUGUUUUAUAUUCUUAAUAAACUGUGCUGUUAGGAAUCUUUGACGUUACGAUCCUAUUAUGAGAGAAUAUUUGAAAUAUACAGACAAUUUGUGCACUAAUUGUAGGUACACUUGUGGCAGGCGUGGCAGCUGAACAGAUUUUGAUACGAUUCUUAGCUCUCUCUGUCUAUCCCUGAUACUGUAUCUAAUUAAUAUCUCCCGAUAAAAUAAAUUGUGCUAAUUUUCGUUUUUAAUUUAUUAAUAGAUUUUAUGUGAGGGCUUGUUUCCAAGGAAAAAAUAUAAUUAAAAAAAUAAAAGAUUAUUUUGUGACGUUGUUUUCGAAUUUAAAAUUAGACAACGUUUAAUUUUUUUUACUAUCUUCAAAUAUUUUUGCGGCCAACGUUAGAUACCUACCGGUACCUACCUAUUGUUUAAGGCUUUGUAACCUUAUUAGGCCCUAGUAAAAGUAGAGACCAACUAGGUAACGCUUUUAAUUAUUAAACUAAGAAAUAUACUGAAAAUAUUAAAAUCUGCAACUAAGUGUGAAUGUGAAAUGUGAUUUUGAGAUAUAAAUAUGGAAAGUAUUAAUUAUAUCAACCAUUUGGUUAUAUCUUCCGUAAAAACAUUGGAUUGCUCAAUAAUCUUCCAAAGUGUGUUCAAAAGAGGAACAUUUACAUGCAACGCAAUAACUCCUAAAAAUGUGAUAAUAAAAGUUUGUGGUUAGUAACGGUUGAUUUACAAAGCCUGGAUUUAUAGAUUUUCUAAAAUUGUAAUAUGUCUUGCAUUUAGACCGUUUGUUCGCGUGUCUUCAUUUCUGAUAUAUGAAUAGUUUAGUAAAUAAGGCCCUUUUAGUGUGUAUAGUCAUUAUCAUGUAAAUUAAAAAUAAGUGUGAAGGCUGACCAGAAUAAUACACAUCAAAAUUGGGAUUUGCUGAAGUUAUAGUACAGUCAUCGACAAUCUAGUUUUAAGAAAAAAUUGUUAGACAUUUUCUUUAUAUCUGACACUACACUACUGAAUGAAUGAAAAAAUUGUAAGACAUUUUCUUUAUAUCUGUCUGCGUGAUUGUCCACUCAUCCGUACACUACUGAAUGAAUGAAUGAAAAACCCACGACCCUACAGUACUGAAUGAAUUUGAUGCGAUUUUUUAUAUUAUUUGUUACAAUCUGAUGUUACUAUAUUGAUUGUACUAUAAAGUUUCAUCGUCCAAAAAUGCCUAAAAACGUAAGGUUUAUUUUUUCUGUAUGGAAAAUUACUGUGAUGUUUUCGACAGCAAUGUUAUCAUAUGUAUUUCAAUAAUAGAAAUAAACUAUUUAUUGUUGAA